GCCCUGGUCACAUCCUGCACCUCACACUGUCCUGGUCAGCCCGCAGUGCCCUCUCCCACCAGCUGCUGGGCCCCAUGACCCACACCCUCUCUGUCCUGCUGUGCCUCGGGCUGUGUCUGGGCCAGAGGAUGAGGGCAGAGGCAGACACAAUCCCCAGACCCUCCCUCAGGGCAGAGAACGGCUCAUUGGUGCCACUAGGGAGAAGUGUGAUCCUCAGGUGCCAGGGGGGAUGGGAGGGUGAAGUGUACCGUCUGGAGAAAAAGCUGAGCUCUGACAGGAUAAUUGAUGUGAAAUCAAAUGAAACGGAGGUCGAGUUUCCCAUGCCAUCAGUGACAGCGAAAGAUGCAGGGACCUACUAUUGCCGCUACUUACACUCAUCUGGCUGGUCAGAAUGCAGUGACCCCCUGGAGCUGGUGGUGACAGGCGUGUAUGACCCACCCUCUCUCUCAGCCCUGCCCAACUCUUCAGUGGCCUCAGGACACAACGUGACCCUCCAGUGUCAGUCA